AUGUUCGCCGCCUCAAAUACCGCACCUCCCUAUAUAUCUCAAUGGGAGAAGUACAGCUCCACUCUCAAUCUCGAUACUUUCCGUAAACUUCUUCCCGUUCACGACAAUAUCCUCAAGGUACUCGGGCAAGUCAUCCCCGCAACCGUGAUUCGACUGUCUAAGAAACACUACAAUCAGAUCAUUCCGAUACUCUACCGACACAUCAAGUUUGACUCCUUCAACACCGAGAGAUUCUUAAGAGGAUGGACACUCCCUGGACAUCCACAAGAGGAGAUCCACUGGAAUAAUAGGCAGAAGGAGAUGAUGAAACACGUUAAAACAAUCUCUUUCCUGGAUGAAGGAUCAAUGAUUGUCUUCAAUAGGAUGAUUUUCGCUUAUCAUCAACUCAUCAAGAACGAUGAUAUCCUCACCAACUUCUUCGUUCAAAUCACUCACAUUCAACUUGGUCAACAGCUCGUUAUCGCCUCAGGUAGAAAAUGGUCAGAGGGUGAUGAUUCAUCAGCGGCUCUCGCCAUUUUGUUAGGAUCUUUCUACUUCUACCUCAAUCGAUACAAUGUCUGCUUCGACGUUCCGGAAGAUACUUGCGCAGAAGAGCGAAAUAACUUAUCCCCCCAUACGAUAGUCACGGAAGAAGAACAUAAUCGAACUUGUCACAUUAUAGCUUUCUGGGAUGGCAUUCACGCGAUAUUCGAGAUAGUAGAGGGACUACGAAACGAACCUCAGAGCUAUAUCUUUCAUUGGCCCAAUGAAGGUUAUACGAUGAUGAGGGGAAUUUCCAACCUCAUCACUUAUAGAAAUCAUCAUUUCCUCAACUCUCCAAUCAUUUUGGAUCUCUCAGAGAUGGAGGAUGAGGUGGCAUUGCAAUUGCCAAUGUACAUCAAGCCUUCCAGCCUCUUCUCGUUCGUUGAUCAUGAAGGGAAUAAACGAGAUACGGGCAUUCACCUGAUAGCUAGCGAAAAGAAGGAAUUGGCUCUGCUAAUGGCUGUCCUUAUGGGUUCUGAGAAUCCCGAUGAAAGACAGGGAGCGGAAGAAAUUCUUGAAAUGGUGUCGUAUCAUGAGGAGAGAAUCAUGUGCUGGAAGAACGAGGAUGAGGAGAAAGCUUGGAAAUGUCCAUGCGGUCAUGGGAGAAGAAAGCCAUUGGAGGAAGAAGAAGAAGAAGUAGGGGAAGACGAUGCCAAGUGA